AUGGCGAGUUCACAAAAUACUCAAAAUGUAUGGGAACAAACAGAACAAGACUGCUACGUCGCCUUGACACACGAUCACUUAAACGCCCAGGCCAUCAUGGACCGUGUACGCAGCCCCUCAGCUGGCGCUAUUGUUCUCUUUGCAGGCAAGCUCUUGCCCUUGUUCAUCUUCCUUCGUUCAACUAGAAGAACCACCCGCGAUAACUUUGCUGGUAAACCGGUCAAGGAAUUGCAAUACACAGCAUAUCACCCUCGUGCUCUCAAGUCCAUGAUGGCCAUUGCGAAAGACGUUCAUGACAAGCAUGGCCUACGUGGGGUAGCUAUGAUCCAUCGUCUCGGCGCUGUUCCUAUCGGCGAGGAGAGCAUCCUAAUCGCCGUAUCGUCUCCUCAUCGUCAAGCAGCGUGGCGAGCAGGCGAAGAGGCGUUGGAAGAGUGUAAAAACAAGGUUGAGGUAUGGAAACGUGAAGAGUUCGAAGGUGAGGGGGGGGUUUGGAGAGCCAACAGGGAUGGAGCUAUAGGACAGCACGAAACAUGA